AUGGCUAUUGUCAUCAUCUUCCGAAAACGGGAGGUAUUUAAAGCUUCUAGUUUCCGAAGCACGUUUGAUUGUGUUAUGAUUCCUGUCACAUUCCAUAUUGGUUUAGCAUUAAUCCUGGCUAACCUUAUCGCAAAGAAUUACAGAAUCUAUCGUAUAUUCAACAACGUUUUUGUUACAAAGACUGUAGUUACUGAUUGGCAGUUGCUCAAGUUUUCUGGCGGUAUACUAAUCAUCGUGGUGACUCUCUUAAUAAGUUGGCUAGGUACCAGCCAAAUUAUACCCAUCAAAGUGCCUGUGUCCCGGGAGGCAUAUUACUCGAAAUGCUCUUUUCAAGGUUCCAGCAGCUCCAUAUUUACAACACUUUUGACUAUUGUUCCCGCAGCGCAGCUUGCAUUCGCCACAUUUCUUGCUAUUAAAACAAGAACUGUCGGCAAGAGCUACUCCAAAUACAGCGAAUAUAAGCAAAUUGGAAUUUCCGUGUAUUACUCUGGGAAACGAUCUGAUAUAUCUGGGAGAAUGCGCGAGAAUCCUAGCAGCGGCAACAAUAACAGAUCUUCUUCUGGAGGUGUUGAUGGGGACACUGAGACGAAGAAUCGUGAGCUCAUGAGCAUCAAUCGCUUGCUUGCGAACCCAAAUGCAAUCGAUCCAGCGCUCGUCAUGGCUCAACACCAAAAUACAAACGUAUCAUCAACAUCUUCGGAUAUAAUCAGCAAUGUUACCAAAGCGGGAAACAACAUUAAUGGAUCAACCACCAUCUUUGAAGCACAUGAGGCUCGCAUGCCGGUCCAGGUCGUACUACGAUACUUUCCCUUUCUAUCCGCUUGGGAUAUGAAGCAUGUCUUUUUAUUCCCUCGUGUCAGAUACUUUUCGUUUUUUUCGGAGAAAUCUCAGAAGGGCCGAGUAUUUGGCUACAAUCGAGCAACUAUUGAAUCUUCUCAAAGUGACGCUUACAUCCUCCGUGUUCAUGGCUCCAGCGUGACUGACGUGCUUAUCCAGGUUGCAAGUCACCAAGAACUCGAAAACUGGUUAGGGUGGUUCAACAGCAGUAAUAAUGGUUUUUCGUCGUCGUCAGCAGCAGCUACAACAAGCGCGGGUAGCAGCACAUUAACUUGUCUGACCUCGCCUACGAACAGCGUAACAAAAUAUAUCAUUCCCUCGAUAGCCGAUAAUUAUAACGGUAACAAAAACAAAAAGUACGACAACAUCAAAAAUAACGACUCUGGGAUAACUGCCCGACAACACCUGUUACCUGAUCGACAAGAAAGCAAUAUCACUUUGGAAACUUUGGAUAGUGGCGUGAGUGGCCCUCUUGUGACUGAACUCAACUACAGCCAGAUGAUGCUACCAUCGGCGUUACCAAUAACCUUAUCGGAAACACAGCAGCAACAGCAGCAAACUAGUGCUACGCGUAGUAGUAGGUGGUCGAUGGCACCAACAGUUGCUGAGAACUUUGAAUUAGAAGAUAUUCCAGUUAAAAACGUACGAAGAUAA